CAGUCUCAGCGAUGCUGCGCCUCCAGUACGCAGGUACGUUGUGCAUGUGGGACGAAACGUGGCAGUGUCGAUGGAUUGGCUCCCUGUUCCCUUACAUCGAACGGACAACAACAAGUUGGGUCUCUGCACGUUUAUCCGUGGGAAGUACUUGGUCUCGACGGUUCUUCCCCGCGAUGUAGUUGCUGAGAACUCAGCGGCUGUAACGCGUGGCGGCGGCAACGGUGGUGCUGAUGGCGCUGGCCGCAGGAGUGGUCGUUGCGUCCACGUGGCUGCGGAGGUGUGUGGUGCGACUCUGCUGAAGCGUGAAAUCGAACUUGUGGAGAUUCGGUGGAGCUCCAACGCCACUUCUCUCGCCGGGACGUUUCUCUUUGCGAUUGGCCGCUGCACCUCGGUGGUGGUGCUUCAGCCCACCGGCGACACACACUCGGGUAAGUUGAUGUUGCAAGUGGUGCAUUACAUUGAAGCAAAGGGCGUCGUGGCGUCUCCACCGUUUUUGCCGUUCCCUCCCAUUGCUGUUGGUGCGGCGCGUAGUGGCCACACGAUGUUGGUGGUUUCACAUGGAACAAGUGUGGCAUUCUACCAGGCGCCCGAGUUCAGCACGAAACUUUUUGUGGCCGUGGAUGAGGUGGUGACUUGUGUAGGAUCCUACGAGCGACGUUUGACGAUGGGUCUGGCGAGUGGUGCUGUUGUGGAUGUUCGUAGCGGGAUGCCGAUUGCGACGCUGCAGUCGCCACCACUACUUAUUGACCGCAUAGAAGGCACGUCCAAUGAUGAAGAGACGUGGCUUGUGGCGGACACCUCGGGAGAGUGUACACGGAUUUAUCGGCGCCGUCAGGGAGAUGCGGAGCCCAGGACGGAGUGUGUUCUCUCAAUCGCUCGGGUGCGGCGUGCAGCAGAUCAGCCGGCGGCGUUAAUUAUGGGCUGCAGCCGCAUGAGUGAGUCCCUGCGUAUUACUAGCGACAGCGCGCCGCAAUUUGUGCAGCAUCCACUGCAGCAUCUUAUGAUCGCGCGUGGUCCGCUACUUGCCUUUUUUACCGACGGUGUCUGGUUAUUGGCUCCGCAGUGA